AGGAAAGAACGAUAACGCAUACGGCAUUUCUAGACAAUUUGUUUAUAAAAUUAUUAACUUUAAUAAUUCAUUCUAUAUGAAAAUUUGUUCUACUUGUUCGGUAAUGAAUAAAUUAUACAUGUAUGUAGCAUUCGAAUGUUGAAGUUGGAGAAACACCUGAACAAGAUUUCUAUUCACGAAAGAAGAUAUUAUUCGAAAAAGUUGAGUUAUUCUGUUGUUUGAUCAAAGCUAAUUCGAAGCAGCAUUUCGUAAAGGAAACAACCUGGGACACUGAAUUAUAUGAUUUUACAAGAAACAUUGACAAAGCUAAACUUGAAAUGACACAGUGGGAAAUUCUACUUGAAAAUGAGAAAUCAGACUCGAACCAAUUUUUGCAAAGUAUUGAAUUAAAUUGGGAAAGAAGAAAACUCGUAAGGAAGAAUAUUCAAGAAAGUUUGAAACAAAAGAUAAAAAUGCGAACAGCCAAAUUCUCGUCGAAGUUGUCCGCUACAAAUUUAAGGAAUGAAGUACGAAAAAGAUCUGUGGAAGUAGAAGUUGAGUGGUUCGAUCUUCAUUUGAAAUCUCUUGACGGAAUAUGUUAUUUGAGAAUGAACGAUUUAUGCAAUGAACGUUAUAAAGCGAGAAGACGAUGUUUGGAUCAAUUUGAAAAAUACGACAGGAAUAUCGGAUCGCUUUAUGUGUAUAAACUUAGUCUUCGAAUCAGACAGAAUCUGGUGAACGAAGAAUAUGCCAUUCUUCAGGAUCACCUUGUUGCUCAACGUAGUUUAUAUAAACGAUUAAAGGAGGAAAGCGAGUUAGACGUAAAGAGAGCUUUCUUAGCGAACGUAGAAUAUUUUCGUGCAAAUCAUGCAGCAAGAAUCAUUCAACGAAAUUGGAAAUUAUAUUGUGCGCGUAUGUCUUGGAAAAAAAGGAAAAGUAGAAGAUAUUAAAGAGAGAGAUAUUAA